CGCGCCAUUUUAAGCGCUCCUAUUGGUUAAUCCUCCACCGCGCCCACUUAUGACGACAUUGAAUCUCGCCGGGCUCUUCCGGGCAUGUGCACCGCUGUCAACUCCGAAAUGUAAACAGGAAAGUCUGUUGGGAUACCUCUGUGCGAAAAUCCGCACUUCUCUGAACAUUACAUUCGAAGACUCCGCGCUGACUUUAGCUCGUUAGCAGCUCGUGAGCAGCCCGAAGUUGCGGUGGAGGAGCUCGGAUGUCAGAGGUGGAGCAGGGGGCGAGGAGAUGGGUUCCGUACGGUGGGCUUUCCGCUGCGGAUCGUGGACGCCGAGCAGGUCAGACUGGCUGUUCGCCGCUCGCUGCAUCCAGCGGGAGGAGAAAGAUCGGAUCGGGCAGUUUGUGUUCGCCAAGGAUGCAAAGUCAGCUAUGGCUGGCCGGUUGUUGCUAAGGAGGUUUGUGUGUGAGAAGAUGGGGAUCCCAUGGUCAGAGAUCAGACUGGAGCGAUCUCCCAGAGGCAAACCUUACCUGGCAACACCUGUCAAGGUCAGUUCAGAGUCAGAUCUGGCCUGGAGUUUCAAUCUCUCCCACCAAGGGGAUUACACAGUGCUUGCUGCAGAGCAGGGGAGGCAGGUCGGGGUGGAUAUCAUGAAGACCGCCAUGCCAGGUAGCAGCUCUGUGCCGGAGUUUUUCCGCAUUAUGACUCGUCAGUUUACAGCGCACGAGUGGAGCACCAUCCAAUCAGCCGGCUCGGAGCACCAGCAACUCGCCGCGUUCUACCGCCACUGGGCCCUGAAGGAGAGCUUCAUCAAAGCCAUCGGCACCGGUCUGGGCUUCAACCUGCAGAGGGUGGAGUUUCACCCGCCGUCUGAGCCGCUCACACAGGACCAGGUACUGCGCCAGACCAAGAUGCAUCUAGAUGAGGAAGAAGAGGACUGGGUAUUUGAAGAGAGUUUACUGGAUGCUGAUCAUCAUGUUGCUGUAGCACUCGGACCAGCAGACAACCCAUGCCCUGCACCUCGUCCGCCUUCUCUUCUUCCGCCCACCACAUUUACCGUGCUGUCGUUCAGCGAGCUCAUCGGCUCGGCCUCGCCUCUAACAGACGAAGACCCCGCCUACUGGGAUAGCUUCAAGAUGAAGGCUGAAGCUCCGCAGAGACAGAAGGAUACACACACGUCCACAUAGCCGACACUCAGCUGCCAUACAAACGCACACCUUUCAGAAGUGCCAAAGAAGAAAAACACUGACACUGAAGUCGCUUUGGUAUUCGACUCGAAUCCAGUCACGUCCUGUCAAGUUUAUUUGCCAAGCCAGAACUUAUAGGCUUGUCUCAAAGGACCUAAGAACUUAGACAGCAUCUGACACCGUCUAUCUUUAGAUUCUCAGUUCUGAUAAGUAUAAAAAAGGAAAUUCUACAAAAAUCACCAACCCAAUACACAGACACACAAUAUAUCCAACAUGUCAUAUUGUUUUCUUUCUACACACUGUAUCGGAUUUCAGUCUCAUGAAACUAGAAACUGAUUGGCAACCAGCCAGCAACUUCUGGUCACAUGACUGGUUGGUGAAAGGUUGAUGUCAGUUGUUGUGAAAUUGUGAAUAAAUCCUAAUUCUUA